AUGACUCGAAAAAGCCUAUCUGAUUUGAAAUAUCCGCAAAGGUCUCAUCCGCGCUUUAGCGUUGACGAGGCUAAGGAGCGGAUACGGGAGCGGCAACGCCAAAAUAGGGCUCGUCGACGAGUAGAGAAGGAAUCUAAAGAAGAGCGGGUUGUUCCCUUAGAGGACCGACCAGCUCAGUCCUGUCCUGAUAUUUCGGAAGAGGAGGGGCUAAAGACAUGUUCUAAUUCCAAUGAGCAUAAAAUAAGCAUUUCUAGUGGUUUAUACCGCGCGAUUAAUAUAAGGUUUCCCUCUGAUACAGAUCAAGAUCCUCAUGUCCUUCACCGCCGUCAUCUCGAUGCCAUCCGUGCCAAGGAGUACCGCAAACGCCAGAAAGAACGAUCCAUUGACACUACCACUUGUGUCUUAGGCUCUCUAGGGGGUGAGCAGCCCUAUGCGGAUCAGAGCAAUAAAGCUAUCUCGUCCCUAUCGGCCUCACUCUCAACCAUACAUGAUACUACGAUAGAAACUAGUCUUGGUGACGAUAUCGAUUACUCGCCAGGUGAUGUGCCCACUUGUCUAGGAGAGGAGGCCCAUACCGGUGAGAUAUGUAGAAGUGAUAUAGAAAAAUUUGGGGUGGACUCGGCUGAUAAUGAAGAAUAUGAGACCGACUCUCAGAUUCCGGAGUGGUAUGCUGAAGACCAGCCAAAUCUUAUCGAGGAUGACUCCUAUACCGAUCUAGAAUAUGCGACCGAGAAGCUGGCGCAACAAUUUCUAGGCGGGAUCCAUGGAUAUAGCGCUGAUCAGCACCGGGAAUCUCUUACGGCCCAUAUCAGAGCUAAAGGAGACUUCAAUCAUUACAAGUUGAAUCAGCUCUUCCACCAAGCUGUCCCUCACACUCUAGAUAAGCCACAGCUCCUCCCCCAGCAAGUUCACCAGGAAAAAUCGCCCCUUAGCCCUGCCCAAUGGCAGGAGUUAUUCUCCGGGGCCCAGCGAAUACCGCCGAAAACCUCCUUCGAUGUGGACAGUAUCUUGGGCUUCGUGGACUCUCCGGCCGUAGCAGUGCACGGGAUCCGAUUCUAUUCGGCCCCGCAAUACUAUCAAAACAUUCAUAACGAUGUCCAUCUCACUAUCAAACGGGUGACUGAUAAUAACCACCGGCCCCGAUUGCUUACGUCCAGACUAAAAGACGUGCCACAUUUCCUCUUCGCACGGGUUAAAGGCGCUGAUUUCCUAACUCUCCAUCUCUUCUUUCCGCAUUUACUCUGCCAUCAGGACUUUACGAGGUUAACCAACAAGCAGUUCACACAGUGGUUUGAUCAGAUCUUCUAUCCUGCCCUCCAUCGAGUCUGCACCACUGAUCACCUCCAGCACCUACCGGCGAGUUAUCGGCAUGCCUUGGCCACCUGCCGUGCUUCCCGGAUUGAGAAUCGUUUGCACGAAACGCCCGGUCACCAGCCUCAGCUACAGAUGUCGUAUUUCCUACCGCCGCAAUGCCUGACUCAGCUAUGGCAGUACGUCCUCGCGACGGUCGAACAGCCUGGAUUACAAGAUUUUCGUGACCCCCAGCUAUUAGUCGAGGCGAAAGGGAUUAAACUACGGUUUAAAUCUGCUGAUACGCCAUCCGAUAUGCUCGCAGUCAUCGAAAGUUUCGACCGCGAGCUGCAUCGCGUUUUAAAUUUCUCUCACGUGUUACACGAGCGGCUAUACGCUGACGUGGGCAAGGAAACCUGCCCGCAAGGCGGUAUUCCCCAAGGCGAUAAAGGCGGCGAUUCAUCACAGGAAGCACAAACAUACAUCUGGCGACGCUGUUGCCUCCGGAAUCAUCUCUAUCAGCUUUAUGAUGGGAAUGUCCUUAAGUCGAACCAGAACUUUUAUCAUAAGGCAAUGCUCCGAGAUGCGGGUUCUCUAACGACACGGACACCUGCCCGGUUCCGUCUUCGCCGCGGAGGUGUAUUAUAUAGCCAAAUGUAUAACCUCACGAAGGAGAUUAUCGAUGCCACCCGUACAUUUCAUUUCAGAAUCCGGAACUGCGACAACUAG